CCACAUCGACCACCAUGCGCUUUGCUCCCCUGGCUCUGUUCUCCGCUCUCGCAGUCCUCGUCCGCGGACAGGAGGUUACUGUCACUGAUGCCUUGGGACAGACGGUCGUGGAGGCUAUCACCACGGACGCCUUGGGGGACAUCACAACCCAGACCUUACAGACGCUGGUAGGAGGCGUUGCAGGCGCAGGUGCGCUCACGACCGUUACCACAACGGACGACCUUGGGGAAAGUGUGAUUGCCGUGAUCUCCACUGAUGCCGCAGGCGACACUGUCACCGAACAGAUCCUGACGACUCUGACCACCACCACGACUACCGCCCUUACCACGACUACACCAACCACUACCACCACACCGCCGCAAGGUCCGGUGGGCGAGCCAACGCCCACUCAAGCAGGCGUGACAGUUUAUAUUUACACCACGACGGAUGCGAACGGCGACACUGUCGUCUCUUCGGAUACUUUCACCGCCACGUUCUCGUCCUUCCCGACGACCGUCAGCAGCUUCACCGGCACCGUCCUAGGCUAUUCGGACUGGACGUCCAUGGUGGGCACUAACACCGUUCCAGCUAUCAAAUCCAGCAGCGCCUCAGGUCUUCCGUCGGCGGAUGUGGUGCGCAAGUGGGCUGUCGUCACGCUCACGGUGGCCUUAUCGCUUCUCGGGGGCGCUUGGACGGUUCUGGCCUGAGUUCAUCCCGCAUACACCUUGCUUGACGAUCGUGCCCGAAUCGGACGGACUUUAUAGAACAUUUUGCUUUGUUGCUUGCAUACGUAUAACAUAUUAGUGCGACGUGUCUGUAGUGUUAUUGUCAACGCUGUGCACGGACAUGCGUAAAUAUGUAUUCCACGGCC